AUGCAGGCCCAGGGGUUGCCGACAGCCUUUCGUGGCGUGGCGUGGCGAUACACUCGUCGUGCGGCUGCCAGGAACGGCCGAUGCCCCGAGUCGGGGGCAGUUCGCACCGCCGGCGCCGCUUUCAAGAAAUGGGGGUCUGUGCACCCAAGUCAACGCUGGGCAACGUGUACAUGCGCCAAAGCUUCCAAACCAGUGGCCGUGGUGUCAGCACAGGAAGGCCCCACCGUCCUUGUAGCGGAGAAGCUUGGAUCUGCAGGGUUAGAGAUCUUGGAGAAAUUUGCAGUCGCGGACACCACCUAUGAUCUAUCACCAGAUGAACUUGUGGCAAAGAUUUCAGAAUAUGAUGCUAUAAUUAUUCGGUCUGGAACACAGGUAACAAGAGAGGUGUUUGAAGCAGCAAAUGGGAGGCUGAAGGUGGUUGGCAGGGCAGGUGUUGGAGUAGACAAUGUGGACUUGGCUGCAGCUACAGAGCAUGGCUGCUUGGUUGUAAAUGCCCCCACAGCAAACACGGUGGCAGCUGCUGAGCAUGGCAUAGCACUGUUGUGUGCGCUGUCUCGGAACGUGGCCCAGGCAGAUGCCUCUAUGAAGCAUGGUGAAUGGACGAGGUCGAAAUUUAUUGGCACCGGUAUAAUUGGCAAGACACUUGCAGUGAUGGGAUUUGGCAAGGUUGGAUCAGAAGUGGCCCGAAGGGCUCAGGGUUUGGGCAUGGUUGUGAUUGCCCAUGACCCAUAUGCCUCGGAAGAGAAGGCCAGGGCCUUGGGUGUGAAGCUGGUGUCUUUUGACGAAGCCAUCGAAUCGGCAGACUUCUUUUCGCUGCACAUGCCCCUGACCCCCUCAACCAAGAACAUGUUCAACGAUGAUGUUUUUGGCAGAAUGAAGAAGGGAGCAAGGAUCGUCAAUGUGGCUCGUGGGGGUGUCAUCGACGAUCAAGCUUUGAAGAGAGCUCUUGAUGAUGGACAUGUAGCACAGGCGGCACUUGAUGUCUUCGAAACAGAGCCACCAGGCAAUGACCACCCCCUUGUCACCCAUCCCAAAGUUAUUUGCACACCUCACCUGGGUGCAUCCACUUCAGAGGCUCAAGAGGGCGUUGCUGUGGAAAUCGUUGAGGCUGUUGUUGCCGCACUGAGGGGCGAGCUCGUGUCCACAGCAAUAAAUGCCCCCAUGGUGCCUCCCGAUGUUCUUGUUGAGCUGCAGCCAUACGUCAGCCUGGCACAGGGUCUUGGCAAAGCUGCGGUGCAGCUUGUGGGGGAUACUGGUGUCAGUGACAUCAGUAUCUGCUAUUCCAGCCCGAGAGGGGAUGACCUGGACACCCGGCUUUUGCGUGCCAUGGUGAUCAAAGGAAUCCUAGAGGAGAUCACCACUGCAAGAGUUAACCUUGUGAAUGCGGACCUCUUGGCCCAAAACCGUGGACUGAGGAUAUCGGAAAUGACCGUGCGGUCAGAGGGAAGGACGAUCCUCACAUCUAUGUCUGUGGCAAUCGGCACUGCUUCAUCCAAGUUCUCUGCAGCCAUGGACACUGCCAGCCGCAUCUAUGUGGAAGGGUGUGUAAAGGACGAUGUGCCGUGGCUGGACAAAAUCGGUACCUUCGAUGUGGAUCUUGCCAUGUAUGGGUACGUCCUGCUAGUUCGGCAGCAGGACCAACCUGGCAUCAUUGCCGCCUGUGCUAAGGUUUUGGGUGAGGCCAACAUCAACAUUAGUUUCAUGACUGUGUCGCGAACUGGAAAAGGCGAGGACGCCAUAAUGGCAAUCGGGCUGGACGAUGAACCAACACCUGAGGUGAGUCAAGAUCACUGCUGCUUUUGGUGUCAGCAGGGGAGGUGUCUUCUUGACACUAUGUGCAUGCUCAGAUGGGCAUCCAGUUCUUGCGACUGGUUGUCAGAAUCGAUGCUAGUGCACUUCCUGGCAUACUGA